GUUCAUGGUAUGGCAGCGGCUGAUAACAAUAGCCACUUCUUAUCUUCCUCUAUUUCCAUGGUCCACCACCACGCCCAAAACCAUGGAGUAUCUCUGCUGCAUCUCCCAGUGCCAGUCCUUAUGGGAUGGGAGGAAGAAUGAUGUUUAAUCUAAAGCAAAACUUGUGAGGAAAGCAACUUGUGAGCUUUUAUUCCAUGGAAUAUGUUAAAAAAAAGGGGUGCAGUGGUAGCUUGAACGGCCAUGAGUGCAAUUAAAGGCGAACUUCCAUUGACAACUCUUCGGCAAUUGGCAGAAGGUGAAACGGAUGCGCUGACCACUCUCUUUUUUUACAGUCAGCGAGGAGAAGAAGCAGAUCUUAUGAGUCUAUUUCUGACAAGCUUUGGCUUCUAUUUAGCUGCUGCUCUGUGUAUGUGAGAGAUGUGAGAGAGAAGUGUGAAGAAAGCAAAGGUAGGAAGUCAUCCAUCCGCCUUCUUUGUUGCGUCUCUUUCUUUCCUUCUUUUACUUCUCACUUUUCCAUCGCGUUCAGAGUUGGAACCAUCUUCGCCUAACUUUGUGAAUUGACUGCAAAUCUCGGGAGUGGAGGGGGAACUUGAUCCCUACUUAAUUUAGCUCUCCGGCGAGAGGUUGCAAUCCUGCUUAAUUCUGAAGGGAGAAGAGAGGAGGCAGGGGAAGAUGCUGCCGCAGAAGCAGGCGGAGGAGGCCGCGGCCAUAGUCGCGGGAGACAUUGCUCCCUUUGACAAUGAGACCGAAAGGGAGAACGGGAGCGGCGGAUACGGCAAGGAAGAGGAGGAUACCUCUGUGUUCAAAGUUAGGAGCCUCCUCUGGCACGGCGGCUCUGCCUGGGACGCCUGGUUCAGCUGCGCUUCCAAUCAGGUGGCGCAGGUGCUGCUUACGCUGCCUUACUCGUUCUCGCAGCUGGGCAUGGUGUCUGGAGUAAUCCUCCAGAUCUUCUACGGUUUCCUCGGCAGCUGGACGGCUUACCUCAUAAGUGUCCUCUACGUCGAGUACCGCUCGCGAAAGGAGAAAGAAAACGUCAGUUUCAAGAACCACGUUAUCCAGUGGUUCGAGGUGCUCGACGGUCUCCUGGGGCCGUACUGGAAAGCCGCCGGCCUAGCCUUCAACUGCACCUUCCUCCUCUUCGGCUCCGUGAUUCAGCUCAUCGCCUGCGCUAGCAACAUUUACUACAUCAACGAUCAUUUGGACAAGAGGACAUGGACGUACAUCUUCGGGGCCUGCUGCGCCACCACCGUCUUUAUUCCUUCCUUCCACAAUUACCGGAUUUGGUCCUUCCUCGGCCUCGCCAUGACCACUUACACCGCCUGGUACCUCACCAUUGCUGCCAUCGUCCACGGCCAGGUCGACGGCGUCGUACACUCGGGUCCCACCAAACUCGUGCUCUACUUCACCGGCGCCACCAACAUCCUCUACACCUUCGGCGGUCACGCCGUCACCGUGGAGAUCAUGCACGCGAUGUGGAAGCCCCAAAAGUUCAAGUACAUAUACCUGCUGGCGACGCUGUACGUGUUCACGCUGACGCUUCCGUCGGCAGCGGCGGUAUAUUGGGCGUUCGGCGAUCAGCUUCUGACGCACGCCAACGCGUUCUCGCUGCUUCCGGCGUCCAGGUGGCGAGACACGGCGGUGAUCCUGAUGCUGAUCCACCAGUUCAUCACCUUCGGCUUCGCCUGCACGCCGCUGUAUUUCGUGUGGGAAAAGGUCAUCGGGGUGCACGCCACCACGAGCAUCUGCCUCCGCGCAAUCGCCCGCCUACCCAUCGUCGUCCCCAUCUGGUUCCUCGCCAUUAUCUUCCCCUUCUUCGGCCCGAUCAAUUCCGCCGUCGGCGCACUCCUCGUCAGCUUCACCGUCUACAUCAUACCCUCAUUGGCCCACAUGCUCACCUACCGCACAUCAUCCGCGAGACAGAAUGCGGCAGAGAAGCCGCCCUUCUUCCUACCGAGCUGGACGGCGAUGUACAUGUUGAACGCGUUCGUGGUGGUGUGGGUGUUGGUGGUGGGGUUCGGGAUCGGCGGAUGGGCGAGCAUGACCAACUUCAUCAGGCAGGUGGACACCUUCGGGCUCUUCGCCAAGUGCUACCAGUGCCCCAAGCCGCAGCCGCCACUCGCCGCUGCCCCGCAGCAGCACCACCGCUGAUGAGACGGUUCAGUCGCCACACAGUUGAUUGCAUAGUUUGAUUGCCUGUAAUAUACUCAAAGAAAGGGAAUGCUCAUGUGUAACGAACUUGUUAGUAGUUCAUCUUUCUUCUGCCCCUUCAGGUCA